AGGGAUCCGGGACAGCGGCAGGGACCCGGGACAGCCGGCAGGGACCCGGGACAGCGGCACGGCCCCACAGAGUCUGGGAACUCGGUCCCGAGCCGGGGUCUCCCCUGAGGGCGGCUGCUGAGCGGCCUCGGCCGGCGGGCCAGCGACCUGAGUGAGGCCGCUGUUUCCUGAGGGAGCUCGGGCGGACAGCCACUGACCCCAUCAAGAAUCCUUUCAAGAAUGUGGCCUGAAUGAUUGAGGGGCAUGAAAAAGGCACUGUCAGCACCUGAGGCCAGCUGUAGUUGCAGCAGACACUCAGUCUCCUGAGCUACCCCUGCAUUUCCAUGUUUAACCCCUCAGGAUGCCUGAGAGCCAGGGGAAGGACGGUGAGAUCUGCAGCAGCAGCAGCUCCAACACUGGGGACUCAGUAGCUUCCUUUGGACAGUAUCAGUACACAGCCAGCGAGUAUCGGACUAUUCAGCAUGCGCUGCGUCAGAGGCUGGGCCCAGACUACAUCAGCAGCCGGCAGGCAGGAGGAGGGCAAAAGGUCUGUUACAUUGAGGGCCACAAGGUCAUCAGUCUGGCCAAUGAAAUGUUUGGCUUCAAUGGCUGGGCUCACUCAGUCACUCAGCAGAAUGUUGACUUUGUUGACCUCAACAAUGGCAGGUUCUACGUGGGUGUCUGUGCUUUUGUGAAAGUUCAGCUCAAGGAUGGGUCAUAUCAUGAAGAUGUGGGAUAUGGAGUCAGUGAAGGCCUGAAGUCUAAAGCCUUAUCCUUAGAAAAGGCAAGAAAGGAGGCAGUAACAGAUGGACUGAAGAGAGCACUCAAGUGCUUUGGCAAUGCCCUUGGGAACUGCAUCCUGGACAAGGACUACCUGCGAGCCGUGAACAAGCUUCCCCGGCAGAUACCCCCUGAGUUAGACUUGGUCAAAGCUAAGAUACAGGACUAUGAGCCUGAAAUAGAGCAAGCAAGAUACAGCAGCUAUGUGGAAAGGCAGAAUGCAGCAGGGAGACAGCGCUGUGAGGUGACACCUGGCUGUAAGCCUGUCCAGACAGAGGCUGCUGUUGUGACAGCAGAUCAGAAACAGCCCAACGCUCCCAGAAGCACAGACCCCUUGGCCAUGGAGUGUGAUGCCACUUACCAGAGGAAACUGCGCCAGAAGCGGCUGCAGCAGCAGUUCCGGGAGCAGAUGGAGAAAAAGCAGCAGGUCCCAGGAGUUACUCCCAGCAGCAAACAGGCAAAAUCCAAUGCUCCUGUGAAGCACAGCACUCCAGCAGAAGUGCAACAGGAGCUGGCGAUAGAAGAGGAGUUCUUUGCAGAUGAUCCUGAACUUUGGGACAUUUCCUUGGAGAGCACUGACCUAAAGGUAACGGGUGUCAAACAAUCAGAGCCCUCACCAGUUGUUCACCAGGCACCCGAGACGCCCCGUGGCCAUCAGCAGAUGGGCACUCGCUGCAGGACACCCCACAGGGGGAACCAGCACAGAGCUGCUGCCAGGCUGGCACAGCUGCAGCCCCCUGCUGCAGCCCUCAGCACCAGCUGUGCCCACCAGCACACCCCAGGGUGCAGCCCCCUCAGAAAAAGUCAGAGCUUGAAGAAAAGGAGAUUGGAACCUACGUGAGGCACCCGAAUGGAUCUGUGCCUCUGUCAUGGAUUACAUCACAAGGCUGCAGCUGGCUUUCCAGUCACAUGAACUCUGCUGUAAAUUGUAGUGAAGCAACAGAGAAGAACUUAAUGUACUCUUAGGUUAUUAUGUAUUGCAGAUGACUUUGUCUAUAACCAUGCCAUUAUUUGUGCUUCUACAGCACAAGACUUGUGGCCAUAUUACAAGUGGAUAUUACCUGUAAAUUGCCUUAACAGAAUGGAUUGUUAAAAGAGAGAUGCAGUUCAUAGCUUGUCUCUCCCUCAGUGCUGCAUUCUAGCACACAGUAACCCCAUGCUUGGUCCGAUCCUUUGGACAUGAAUGGGAGCUGAACUGCUGUUUUUAAAUAAGCUUUCUACCCCUUUCAAUACAGAAAUAAACAUUAAUUUAAUAAAAAACCCUGCUGGGUUCGUGCCUCUCCGCCCUGCUGCGUGGCCUCAAAGGAGGCACCAUGUUCUAAAGCGAAAGGGGCAGCACUGCACCUGCACAGCCUCCUUUGCUUUAGGAUGGGCAAACAUUUGGAAUAUUCAGUAUUUAUUCCCCUUCCUCCUACUCUGCCUUCAUCACUUAAUCAGUCCUUUUCCCAUAAAAGAUCCUUUACUAUCCUCUUGCCUCCUGAACAGGACAAAGGACAGGAAUUGACUUCACUGUGCAAAGACAGGACAUAAUUAAUUAACCGUAAUUGACAGUUAUAGAUUACAUCUAGAAAACAGUUUCACUUUUCACCGUACUUGUUUCUGGCCAAUUCAAUGCUGCCUUCAGAACAGCUCAGGGAAGAAGCACAUUCCACAUGUUUGAGUCAUGCCCUCGCUGUUGAAACCAUAUACCUGCUAAGAAGGGAGAGCGCAGACAUUCCAAAUUACUGAAUUCAAAGCUGUUCCAAACUUUUACAAUGAAAAAAAUUCGAAAGUCUGUAAGAAAAAUGGAACUGCCUCAGCUUCCUUGGCUCUGGAAACAGUGCAAAUAUAGCUAUGCCUCCUCUGACAAAGUCACUGCAAUGAGUCUCUUGGGAUUGGUCCCUUUGAAAAGGGCAGGAAAACUUAUACUGGGAGCUUUUUUUCCAUUCCAGGCUUGCGCAGCAUGACUCAUAACAGAAGCUGUUCUUAAAAUGGAAAGAAAUGCAGCAGCAAUUAGUGUUUAGAAAUACCAAAUUCCUCCUUGUGAGAAACAAAGCUGACUUAAAAUUUCAAAGGUUUAUUAAACCUUAACAACAAUACAACAAAGGACUGAAGAAGGAAAAAUUACAGCACCAGGAGUCUCUGUGGCCAGCAGCCACAUGCUCCCCUACAAAAUGGAUGCUCUGCCUUUUAUACCUCAGCCCCUCCCAAGGUUUUGUCAGCUCCUUCUCUGCUGUCCAUUGGUGGAGAUCACUUUUUAUACAUCUUGAUUGGAGCUCAGGUGUUGUUAUGCCACACCUCCUAGUAACAAGCCAGGCCUCCCCAAAUGCCCCCCAGAGACACCUGGCACUGUAAUUUUUCCUUCUUCAGUCCUUUGUUGUAUUUUUGUUAAGGUUUAAUAAACCUUUGAAAUUUUAAAAGUCAGCUUUGUUUCUCACAGUGCAAGUCUGCAGUGUGAGAAUGAUGCUGUUGACCAUUACAGUUCCAAUCCAAGGCCUGAAUUCUUGUUGCUAAGGUCCCUGAGGAGUUCCUUCUCCCAGCCCUACAGGAUGGGAGCACAUCCCUGCUCACACCCAGCCCAGAGGAGCAGGCAGGGGGUAGCACAGGAGAGCCCAGACCCUGCUCAUGCCUCUGUGCCACAAGCAAGCAGAGGACCUGCCCCUGACACGCCGGCCCAGCUGAUCUGUUCUCCUCCCUCAGGCCACUCCCCCUCUCAAGAUCUAUUUAGGAAUUACUCUUCUCAGUACUUUGUUUCAGAGUACCCUGUUAAAGGUCAAAAGCUCGUGACUGGUCACUGCUCUUGAGCAGUUAAAGUUCUCAUUAAACUGGGUUUAUUUCCUGUGACGAACUGGUAAAUUGGGUAACAGUUACAUCACUGCAGGACCAGGACAGAGGGGCUGGAACCUGAUGUUCCACAAGAAAACCCACAGCUCAACCAAAGCAGGUUUGGUUUAUUUGAAUGGCUUCAUUCAAUAUUCUACAAAGGUAACAAACUGCAGCGUGGGGCACAGUCAUACAAGAAGGGUUCAGCGCAAAACAAAACUAACUGCGGCCAGGGAAGACCAAAGUUUCAAUUAAUUUUAUUUUUUUUAUUUUUAUUUUUUUACAGUGUACAUUGUUAAAUAAUGUAAAGAAAACGCCUGUAAUUCAGAAACAGAUUUUAUGUGGAAAAAGAUACUCAAAGUGUAAUAUUAAACAAAAUAAUUUAACAGUUCAGUAGCAUUAGUUUAUUCCUCUAGACUUCAGUUAUUCAUCCACAGGAGGAGAGGGAGGGAGAAAAAAAAAAAUCAAUGGUAAAUAAAACCAGUUCUUGCAUAACAUUAAGUGAAAAAACGACCUCAAACUUCUUAGAUCAAAUUUAAAUAACCAUGUGCUGCAUCCAGCUGACCAGUUCCUCUGCCACAAAUAUUGCCCUCGUCUCAUUACUGCCUCAGCUCUGUCCCCGCUCCUGUUUCCCUGGUGUGCUCAGGAGCCUCCCCCUGCAUCCAUCCUUUCAGGGGUUCCCACCUGGGCUUGCUGCUCUCCUGCUCCCCUCUGACCUGCCCUGUCCUCCCGCAGCCUCAGCCCAAGCGCCAGGAAGCUCCACCCUCGUCCUUCACAGCUGCUUGCAGCACUGCAUCAAUACUGGCUGGUAUUAUUCUGACUUUGAAGAGGAAACCAGUAUUUCUUAAACACAAAAAGGGAGAAUGACCAAAGCAGAAGAUACAGUACAGAUACUGAGAGGACAAGUGACAGACAGUGACAGGCCUGGUACCAGCUUGAAAUUUGUUAAAAGUGAACAAAAUUAUAAAUCCUCCAAGUAAGACAGAGGAAACUUCUUGAUGCCGGCUGCUUCAAGUACAUCCAUUGCCGGCAAUGGACGUUGCACCAGGACAGUCUGUUCCUGGCUUAAAUGAAUUUUACCAAAAAAAAGGUAAGAAAAGCAAUCCCAGCAGACAAGCCCAAGCCAAACGAGCAAUGGCACUUCUCCCUCAAGUCACAUCCUGACCAACAUCUUUUCCACUUCACAGCUGGAGUCAAACUGCAUCUUAAAUUGGGCCUUUCCCAAAGAUACACAUUCUCCCCAUCCUCUCUCUCAUUCUGAGCCAGUCUCCUGCCUCCAGAGCCAAUAUUGGUUAAGUCUCGUUGUAGCUUCACCUGCAU